AAAACCUUAACUUCCGGUAAAUGUUUCAGAACUUGUAAAUUUUUGUCUUGUCCGGCGGUGUUUUUCUUUACUUUCUUAUUUCCCCUCUUUCAUUUAUCAUCAACGUAUUUUUUUGGUUUAAUUAAUUAUUAUAAGAAUUAUAAUGACUACUAUUCGUCCGUUUACUUGUUCGGAUUUAUUCAAGUUCAACAACGUCAAUUUAGAUCCACUUACCGAAACAUAUGGGCUGGCCUUCUAUAUGCAGUAUUUAGCUCAAUGGCCCGAGUAUUUCCAGGUUGCCGAAUCACCAUCGGGCGAAAUCAUGGGUUACAUCAUGGGUAAAGCCGAAGGCAGAGCCGAGAACUGGCACGGACACGUUACAGCUCUGUCCGUUUCGCCCGAACACAGACGUCUCGGACUUGCUGCAAAACUUAUGCAUACACUGGAGGAGAUUUCCGAACGUAAGAAGUGUUUCUUCGUCGACUUGUUUGUGCGAGUAUCGAAUAAAGUUGCCGUCGACAUGUACAACAAACUGGGUUAUACAGUCUACAGACGUGUACUGGAAUAUUACUCUGGACUGGACGACGAGGAUGCGUUUGAUAUGCGGAAAGCUUUAUCGAGAGACAAGGACAAAAAAUCUGUGAUACCUUUAUUGCAUCCGGUACGACCGGAGGAAUUGGAUUGACUAUGCAAUGCCUUCGUCAUGAUUAGUGUUCUAGUCAUGAUUCUCGCCCUUUUGCCCCUCUUUUACAACCACCCCACCUGACUGCCGAAACCUUAAUGCUGUUAAUUUAUAAAUCUGUUGCUAUUAAUUAGUGGGUACUAACUACUAAAGCAGCACGGUCCCGAACACGCAGUCGCGUGUCCGCGCUAGCCAGUCUUGAGUGGUCGAUCCUAACCCCAACGCUAUCCGCAACCCUAACCCUAAACACGUAUUCAUUUGCACACGCGGGUUAGGGACAGGGUUAGGGUUAGUGACAGGGUCAGGGCUAGGAUCGACCACUCACGACUAGCUAGCGCGGACGUGCGACCGUGCUGCUUUAGUAGUACCUAAUUAGUGUUAGAAAUUUCCAGGGAUGUUACAAUUGUAUCCCAGUAAUCCUUUAUAUAAAUUUCAGAACAAAUGUCUUAUGUAAAAUAACAAAAAUUCUUGUUAUUGA